AUGGACAUUCUCACGAAAAAGGGAAAUAUUCCGGAAUGGAAAUUAAAUAAAUUUAAUAAAUUUGAGGUAAAUGAAUUGUAUAGUAAUAAGUCAAUACGAUUUACAAAUAACAACAUACAUGAUGUUUUUAUAUAUGAUAUAAAAACUGUAGAUAUUAACAAUUUAAUUAAUUAUAUAAUUUUGAAUUUUUUGUGGAAUAUAACCAAAAUAACUUUCUCAAUAAAAUUAAACAAUAAUAAAAAUCACACAUGCUUACAAAAAGAUAAGCAAACAAAUAUAUGUCUUGUAUGCUAUAAUUGUAAAGAAAAUAAUAUAAAAAAUGUACAUUAUUAUGAUAUAUUUUUUUCGGAAUUUUAUAAUUUAACUAAUAUAUAUAAUCCUAAUUUUUAUAUACAUAUUGAGUGUUUUAAAAAUGUAAUUUAUCUAUAUAUCUCAUUUAUAUAUUUAUACAAUGUAACGAAAAACGGUAAUUUAUUAAAUGAGGUUAUAGCUAAUUUCCUAUAUCAUGCAAAAAUAAAAAAAGAUGAAAUAUUACCUGCACAGGCAAGGGGAAAAAAAGAUGAAAUAUUACCUGCACAGGCAAGGGGAAAAAAAGAUGAAAUAUUACCUGCACAGGCAAGGGAAAAAAAAGAUGAAAUAUUACCUGCACAGGCAAGGGGAAAAAAAGAUGAAAUACUACCUGCACAGGCAAGGAAAAAAAAAGACAUUAUUGCUUUCGCCAUAAUCGGGUUUUUAAUUGGUAAUAAAAAUGUUGAAAAUGGUGAAAAUAAAGAAAAUGGUAAAAAUUGUGAAAAUAAUGAAAAUGGUAAAAAUGUUGAAAAUGGUUCUGACAACAAUGGGGAAAGUAAGAGGUCUGGAACAGGGCCGGGGAGUGGGGGAGAAAAAAAUGACGAAAAUGACGAAAAUGAAAAAAAUGACGAAAAUGACAAAAAUGAACAAAAUGAGCAAAAUUCGAGCGAUAGUGAAGAGGGAGAAGAUAACCCAAAGAAACAAAAAAAGAGAAAGAAAAUGGAAAGCCCAAAUAGAGAAGGAAAUGGAGAAAGGAAUGGAGAAGCGAAUGGACAGGAUGUAAGCCCGAAAAAUAAAACGAGGAAAACACAAAAUAAAAAAAAAAAGAAAAAAAAUGAAGAAGAUGAAGAGUAUAUUUCAAAUUAUCGAAAUGAAGGAGAUAUUAGAAAUAUGAAAAGAAAAAGAAAAAAAAAACAACUAGGAGAUGGUGAAUAUAUUAUUGAUGAUAUAUCUGAACCCAAUGAAGAAAAUUAUGAAAAUGAUCAAGAUGAACUUAUUAAUGAAAAUAAUUUAUCAAAGGAAAGUGAUAAUGAAUAUAUAUAUGAUCAAGACUUAAAAAUAUAUACAGAUGAAGAUAUUGUAGAAGAAAAUGAAAUUUUAAAAACAGAAGUUUAUAGUAAUGAUUCAGAAUUUUGUGAAAAUGAUUAUGGAUCUGGAAGAAAAAAAAAAAAAAGAAAAAUCAGAAAAAGUGUAAAAAAAGAAAAAAAAAAUAGUAUUAAAAAUGAAAAUAAAACAAUAAUUGGAACAAAUCAAAUUAUUUCAAAUGGUAAACAAAUGUCUAAUCAAAUUGAAGAAAAAAAUAAUGGUUCUUCAAAAAUCGAAAUAUCAAAUAUAGUAACUGAUGGGAAUGGAAAUGUAAAAAUAGAUAAUGAUGAUAAAGAAAUAUAUUUAAAUGAUGAAGAUGUAAAAAAAUAUGCAAAAGUAAUUAAUAAAAUUAAACAAAGUUUAGAUAACGAAAAUAUAAAAGUAGAUACAUAUUCUAUUAGUAAAAAUAUUGUAGAAAAUGUUAUAAAAAAAUAUAAAAAUAAAUUAGAUAUAAAAAUGAAGUUAUUUUCUAUUUGUAGUAACUUAUUAAGGCAUGAUAAUUCUGAAUUAAGAAAAAAAAUAUUAAAUGGAAUUAUACAUUCUAGUGAUUUAGCAAAUAUGGAUUCAUCUGAUUUAGCCCCUAUAAGUUUACAAAAUAAAAGAAAAGAACAUGAAAAAAAAUAUUUUUAUGAAAGUAUUUAUUUACGUGAAAAUUAUAUAAAUAUAAAAAAUGUUAAAAAUAAUGAAGAAGAAUAUUAUCAACAUAAUAUAUUAUAUGAUGAAAAACUUAAACAAGAUAAUAAUAAAAAAAAUGAUAACACUAGUAGGAGUCGAAGUGUCUCUAGUAAUAGAAGUAGUCAUACAUCUAAUUUUGAUAAAAUUGAUAUAACAAAUGAAUCUUAUAAUAAUGAUGAUAAAAAAAAUAUUUUAAUAGAAAGUGUUAAUAAAAACAAUAGUGAUGGAAAAAAUGAACUAAUUUCUCAACAAAAUAUUAAUAACAAUAUAUCAAAUAUUAAAGAAAAAAAAAAAAAAAAAUCAAAAGAAGAAGAAGAAGAUGAUCAUAAUACUUAUAUAAUUCCCUCAAUAGAAAAAUAUGCUCUUGAAAAUACAUAUGAAAAUUUGAAAUCUGCUUAUAAAAAUAUGCCAAAAUAUGCUUCUUCUCCUAUUUUAACAUUUUUAGAUAAUUCAUAUAAUAGGGUUCUAUCAAUAAUAGAUGCAAGUAGAAAUGAAGAAUUAUGA